CCGUAGCACGGGUAGAAAUGGGGCCGGGCGGCGCCGGGGUGGCAGUGUGGGGAUGGCCGUGCGGCGUCAUGGGGCUGGUGCGGGUGCUGCUGUUGUGGGCACUCGCGUGCCGCGGGGGCACCCUGUUCGUUUCCGGGGCAGGUCUUCUUGAGAUGUCUCUGGGAAAGUUUAGAAAUGUCCUGCUUAAUGAGACUAACCCAGUGGAAGCUGUAAUAAGGAACAUUGCAAGCAACGUGACUCUCAUUAUUUUUCAAGCUCAUGCCCAGCAAAAAGAUGUCACAGUAUCCUUUGACAAGUUUCCCUCUACAAAUAACUCUGCAACUGGAGCAGACAGAGGGUUAAUUUCCAUCCUUCAUCCUCAACAGAGCGUAUGUACGUGGUACCUACAGUCUCUUGAAGCUAACCAAGUGUUCAGCACAGCUGUUUCUAUCCCUUAUACAGCAAGAGACCCUAUCCCUGGAGGCUGCAAUCUUGAAUUCAACUUGGAAGUUGAUCCUAAUAUUUAUUUGGAGUAUAAUUUAGUUGACACUCGCAUCAAGUUUGCUCCAGCUAACCUGGGAUCUACCAGAGGCGAGAGUCCUCCUUCUUGUGAUUCUGGUACUGGACAGAACUCUAGAUGGCGACUACACUAUGAUAUUUAUCAGUAUUUCUUGCCAGAGAAUGAUCUUUCAGAAAUAACACUCAUGAGCCACCUACGGAAGAUGUCAGAGGUGAAGAGCAUCAAAGCUAAUGGCAUGAAAAUGAUUACCUUAACAACUAAUGACAAAACUGAUGCUUACUUUUCCUCACUUCCUGGACAAGGUGUCAUCUACAACAUCAUUGUUUGGGAUCCACUCUGGAAUACCUCUGCUGCAUAUGUACCUGCUCAUACAUAUGCUUGCAGCCUUGCUACCCUAGUGGAUAACUGUCUUUCUCCCACCAAACUCCCUACCAAAAUAUUCUUCACCAUUCUUGCUGUCCUUGGCCUCUUCAUUUGUUUCUUUGGACACGAGUUCUGGAAAACAGACUUGUUCUACAUGGGCUUCAUCUUCAUGGGAUUAUUUUUCUUUGUAUUAAUUACAAGAGUGACUAACCUUGGUUAUGAUGUCUGCCUGAUUCUGACUGCUGUAGCUGGAAUUGUUGGAGGGCUUCUCCUGGUCGCUUAUUGGUGGAGGUUUGGUUUUGUCCCACUCUGCAUGGUGCUUGUUGGACUUAUGCUGGGACUCCUCUUCGCAUCGAUGAUCUUCUUCACUCCGCUAGGAGAUUACAGGGUUUUUCGUGACGAUGCCGUGUUUUGGGUGACCUUUUCUUGCAUAGCCUUGAUGAUUCCAGUAGUCUUUGUUGGCUGUCCAAGAUUUCUGAACAUACUGGCUUGUGGUAUAGUAGGCUCUUAUUCAGUGGUUUUAGCUAUUGCUUGUUACCUGUACACAAGCCUUGCUUACAUCACCCUGGACCUGCUCCGGAGAAUUCUGAAGAAUGACUUCAGCAGAGCUUAUACUAAUGUGCCCUUCCAAACAAAUGAUUUUAUCAUCCUGGCAGUCUGGGCAAUGCUGGCACUUGGCGGAGUAACAGCGCAGCUUCGCCGAGAAAGAGGCGAGGUACCCUUCCCACCACACCCUUAUCGGAUCUGGAAGCGAGAAAGGGAGCGUAGAAGCACCAAUAUCCUGGAUCCCAGCCACCACAUCCCUCCGCUGAGAGAGAGGAUCCAUAACAAACUAUUGCAGAUCAGGGAACUCUUCCGGAAAGAGCAACCAGCUGGGGAAAGAACUCCACUACUACUUUGACUGACUGACUGACCCAACACUGUGGUGACAUCAGCUAAAAAGGGCUCUAAGAAUUUACUGAACUAAGGAUGUUUGUGGACCAACAUCCAUCCAGCAGUGCUAGACUGUUCUUAUUGCCUAAUCCUGCUUCAGAGAGUGUGCGCGCUGGACAUGGAAGAUAAAUGGUGUAUUGGACACUAGCUUAUGCCACUUUUUUUUUUUUUUUAAAUGGCUCACUUGCCCUACUCUAAUAUGCAACUCUUGCUGGCUGCAGAGAGCUUGUACUAAGGUUGGAGUACACUGAGUGCAAUGACCAAGGUGUUUUGUCUUGUGUUUGAAAUAUUUAAUGUGCAGGUACAGCAAGACUAAGACUUAAAAAAAAAUUUAAGAAGGUUCCUUGUGAUCAAAAUGUGCCAUGUCAGAAUUCUACCCUUGUCUUGCAAAAAUCCCAUCCAAAAUACCUAUCUCUGUUCCUAAUGAAUGUGCACAUUCUGUGCUUAACAUACAAGGGAAGAACGAUGCUGAAGACUAUCUUGAAGGAAGUACCUUUUUUACUGCAGUGUCAUUGCCUAUUAAACCUUCAAAAUAGGUACAAAACCCAUAUCUCUAAACACAAGAACUAUUUUUAACUGUUGUUGAACCGUGAUAAACUACCAAGAAACUUGUGAGUUUAAAUUGCACUGGAUUCAUGCUUCUGUAUUCCUGUGUGCGUAGAUUCAAGAACUAGGCUCUUGCUCUGGGAAGGAAUAAGAGAAGCUCUCGCUGCCCUUGCUUUAAGCUGGUUUUGAUGUCACUUCUGUGGCAAGCUAUUCAUCUGGUCUCUGCCUAGUAGUACAGAGAUGAUGGCUGCUAAUAGAACACAAAAGGUUUCCCUCCCCUUACCUGCUUCCUGAAGUGUUUUUCCUCUUCUUUUACUUGGGUUUCUUUUUUUUUUUCUUCCUUGCCAUGUCCAAGAAAGAAUGGCCUUGUUUUAAUUAUCAGAAACUGAAAGUGUUAACCUGCACUAAUUGCUAGACAACCUGAUUUAGUACCUCCAGAAAAGAAAAAAAAAAAAAAACCCAAUGUAUCUUGGACUUUGAGACGCGCUACUUUUAAAAUCAAUGCUUUUAUUUUCCCUUGGAGGGGUUUGGGAAAGAGGUAUGAACAGCUUGCUGUAGGUGCAGUGUUGACCUGAAACCUUGCUGGCUACAAAUAUGUAGCCUCCUCUUGCACUCUGCCUUUUCAACAGCAUGCACUCAGAUUAAAGUAUUGUCUAAAGGAGUUCUAGGACCACCUUACUACUUCACAGACCAUGAUUGUAUUUCUCUACUUCAUCACUAAAAACUUGUAUAUUUUCUGAACAGUGGAUAGGAGUGUGAUAGUUGUGGAUCACUUAAACACAGGACUUUCUCCUCCAGCUCCCCCUCCACUCUAAAACCUGUCCAACUGUCCUUCACUUUUUGUGUGUGUGUACAUAGUGAUGUCACACUUUUUUUUUUUUUUUUAAAGCUAUCAUCUUACCUUCUGGGCCCUGAUCUAGGUUUAUUCAAGUGGCUUUGUUUUCCUUUUUCCCCCAUUGCCCUUAUACCUCUACCAUCUGUGCAGCAAAUAGCAUUGAUCAUUGUUGCUCUGAGGAAAAUCUUUACAGAAUAAUCUAUAAUGAAACCACCACUAACAGUACAAUACAAAGUCACCCAAGCGAACUUCAGUUGUGAGCCACACAACCUCCCAACUUGUUAACAAAGCCUCUUUUUUUUUUUUUUUUUUAGGUCUUGAUAUUGAGACCAUUUUAAUACUAACGAGAUAAAUUUUGAAGGCCAAUGUCUUUUAAUUUUCACUCCAUGGAAUGUUCAUCUUUAAGGCUGACCUGAGGUAAAGUUUAUCUUGUGGUAAAGCUAGGUGGAACUCAACAGCCAUGUUGAUCUCUACCUGCUAGGGAGCUGACUCCAAAUGCACUGUUCCCCACAGCUCACCUAGGGGAAGGGGAGGCCUACCUCCAUGUUGUAUACCAGACUGAUGCUUGUUGACUGCCUUAUAGCACUGAUACUACAGAGCGUAACUUUGCCACAUACAAUGGCCAAAGUAGCAAACACUUAUUUUUGUGUGUUACUACUCUGAAACAUGUUUAUCUUGUUUUUAUAAUUACCAAGCUCAGCAUUGUGAGAGAGAAACAGAUUUAACUCAAAUAUUUUCUAUCUUUUUAUAAUAAAGAUGUUUCAACAGUG